CCCUACGUGUCAGCAAACCAGAGGAAAGGCAUUUAUUUUUCUUUUUUUCUUUUUUUCUUUUCUUUUGUUUUUCUCCGUCUUCUCCGAUUCUCCGCCAGACCAAUCCGAUUCUCCGCCAGACCAAGAUCGUGUCUGACGCUCCGACGAAAAUUGUGUCUGCAAUCGCUGCGAUUUGUGGUGUGGACUAAGUCGGCUCUUAAGCAGGAUCUAUGGAUCGUUUGAGAAGCCGUCGGAGAAGGAGAAGGGGUAUGUGCUUCCCAGGGCUGAUGGUAAAAAUGGUGAAAACUGUCACGUGAGAAGACUUGGAAGAAGAGCUUCGUCUGCUGGCAUCUUACAGAGGCCAAACACUGACCAAAACUGAUAUGUGUGCGAGGCAUGAUGUAUUACCGAAAGGCUUUGGAGCUCCAGGCCUUCCUUGAUAUGGCAAAGGAUGAAGGUGCUUGACGAAACUUUGUUAUGCUUACUUCUAAAACCUGUGUACACAUUCCUGAAUCUGCUUUUCCCAAAAGAGAGGUUCAAGAUGUUCAAUAUGCAAUUUGAUGAGUUGCAUAAGAGACAAUCACAAUGGACAGUUCCAGACACAGAGCUAAGAGAGUCACUAAGACUUGUUGUUGCUGAAGUAUUAUUGCCUGCUUAUAGAUCACUCCUCAAACGCUUUGGGUAAAAUCCUUUUUCUCUCUUACCUGCAAAAGCUUGUCAACAUAUUUCCUCAGACCUGGAUGGAGCUUCGGACUACGUGAACUCCACCAACGAAGUGGCUAUACAAAUAUAAGAGCAUGAUUAAUACAGAUCUUUUGGGUGAACAGAGGAUCUAUUGGCAUUUUUCUACAAGAAUCUUUGGCUUUCGUCUGUUAAAACUGUCUGUUACAAAAGGUUUCUUCUUCUUCAUCAUCUAACAGCAACACCUAAAGCAGAAACCAAAAGAAACAGCGAUGACUCUUGCUCGGACUUUCAUCAGAAGGUUUCACCAGAAAAGUCUUACAAGAAGAGUUGAAGUGAUCUCCAGAGACAUCAUCAAACCAUCAUCUCCAACUCCAAACCAUUUAAAAAACUUCAAACUCUCUCUUCUAGAACAGCUCGGUCCAACGAUCUUCGGCCCCAUGUUGUUCUUCUACUCGGCUAACAACAGAAUCAAACAAACUGAACAGCUGCAGAACCUCAAGAAGUCCUUAUCCGAAACCUUAACUCACUUCUACCCUCUCGCUGGGCGGCUCAACGGCAACAUAAGCAUCAACUGCAACGACUCGGGCGCCGACUUCCUCGAAGCACAAGUUAACUCCCCGCUUUCAAACCUCCUACAAGAGCCUUCUUCGGAGGUGCUAGAACAGUUGAUUCCAACAUCAGUUGAUUCAACAGAAGCAAGAACCAAACUGCUUCUCGCUCAAGCAACGUUCUUUAAAUGCGGAGGCAUGGCUAUAGGAGUCUGCGUCUCUCACAAACUCGCCGACGCAACUUCCGUGGGCUUGUUCAUGAAGAGCUGGUCUGCAAUCUCGUCUCGAGGAUCGAUCAAAACCGUUGGAUCCCCUGUUUUCGACACUCUCAAGAUCUUCCCACCUGGGAACUUCUCAGAGACGUCCCCUGCUCCGGUCGUUGAGCCGGAGAUCAAGAUGAACCAGACUCUUUCGAAGAGAUUCGUCUUCGAUUCUUGGAGUAUCGAAGCUCUGCAAGCCAAAGCUUCGAGCUUUGAAGUGUCACAACCCACAAGAGUCGAAGCUGUUUCAGCUUUUAUAUGGAAACUUGCGAUGAAAGCAACAAGAACGUCGAAACCGUCGGUCCUCGCGAACUCCGCUAGCUUACGCUCUCGCGUCUCUCCUCCGUUCACCAAGAACUCGAUCGGGAACCUCGUGAGCUACUUUGCGGCGAAAGCAGAGGAAGGAGAGAAACAGAGAAAGCUUCAGACUUUGGUUGCGGAGAUACGGAGAGCGAAACAGAGGUUUCGAGAUGACCACAUACCGAAGCUUGUGGGAAACGGAGACGCGACGGAGGUCAUCUGUAACCACCAGAAAGAAGCGGGGGAUAUGAUCGCGAGCGGAGGUUUUGAUUUCUACAUCUUGACGAGCGCGUGUCGGUUCGGUUUGUAUGAAAUUGAUUUCGGUUGGGGUAAACCGGUUUGGUUUGCGUUUCCUUCGGUUAGACAGAAGAACAUUGUGGCGCUUCUUGACACGAAAGAAGGUGGUGGGAUUGAAGCUUGGGUGAAUUUGAAUGAGCAAGAGAUGAAGCUUUUUGAAGAAGAUAGAGAGUUGCUUGAUUUUGCUUCUGUGAACCCUAGUGUGAUCCAGCCUUUUCUCCAUGUUCUCUGAUUAUGAAUCCGGUUAAGUGAUGUAAACCGGAUUUCUUUUGUUGAAUUGGUUAUGUAUUGAGGUUUUGGAUGUAUAAAAAUAAAAUAAUGUUUUUUUUUU